GGGAUUAACAAAACAAGAAAGGACGGCGUCGAAAACACCGGGACAAAAGAAUCGCAAAGCUUGCCGUGGGGCCGAACAUCACCGAAUCCAUCGACCUGUUCAGGGCGUCUCGCGGAUGGUCGGUCCUGACAGCCACGGCGCAAUGCGGUUAUAAACUCGAGACCGCGCUCCCUCGAGGCUUGCCUGAGCCACUGCCCAACAAUCUCCUCUGAUCAGGCUCCUGAAGAUGAAGUCUAUCGCCACCCUCAUUCUUCUGGCUGGCGGCGCUGCCGGCCAGCAAUCGGCCUACGGACAGUGCGGCGGCAUCAAUUACUCCGGCCCUACCAGCUGCGUGGCAGGAUACGCGUGUACCUCGUGGAACCCAUACUAUUACCAGUGCGUACCUGGGACUGCCACCCCUACCCCGACUCCGACAUCACACACAUCGACUGCCGUGACGACGACCUCCACUUCCAAGUCGACAUCCUCUACCAAGACGAGCACAGUUUCCACAAAGACGACGUCCUCGUCCACCACCGGCCCGACGGCCACUGGUUUUGCGAAGACUAACGGGCUGCUGUUCGAGAUUGACGGCGUCACCAAGUACUUCGCCGGCACGAACUGCUACUGGUGCGGCUUCCUGACUUCGAAUGGCGAUGUCGACCACGUGUUCGCCGACAUGGCCGCCGCGGGAUUCAAGGUCGUUAGAGUCUGGGGCUUCAACGACGUCAACACCAUUCCUUUGACCGGAACCGUCUGGUACCAGUAUCUGUCUGCCAGCGGCUCCCAGAUCAACACCGGCGAGUACGGUCUGCAGAGGCUCGACUAUGUCGUCUCGUCGGCGGCAGCCCACGGAUUGAAGCUGAUCAUCAACUUCGUCAAUAACUGGAACGACUACGGCGGCAUCAAUGCUUACGUGAACGCCUUUGGCGGAAAUGCGUCCACCUGGUACACCAACACGGCGGCACAGGCUCAGUAUCAGAAAUACAUCGAGGCUGUCGUGAGCAGGUACAAGGACUCGACUGCUGUCUUUGCCUGGGAGCUCGCGAACGAGCCGAGAUGCAGCGGCUGCGAUGGGUCCGUCAUCUACAACUGGGCGGCCACCACUUCUCGGUACAUCAAGUCCCUCGAUCCUAACCACAUGGUCACCAUGGGCGACGAGGGCUUUGGCCCCCUGGCGGGAGGGGACGGCAGCUACCCCUACCAGACCGGCGCAGGCGGCUACACGUGGGUGGAUAACCUGAACAUCUCCACGCUGGACUUCGGCACGCUGCACCUGUAUCCCGACAGCUGGGGCCAGCCGUACAGCUGGGGAGAUCUUUGGAUUUCGACCCAUGGCGCCGCGUGCGUGAAUGCGAACAAGCCCUGCAUCCUCGAAGAGUACGGAGGAGGCAACAACUGCACGGUCGAAAACCCGUGGCAGGCGACGGCCUUGGGAACCAAGGGAAUUGCCGGAGACAUGUUCUGGCAGUACGGCGAUACGCUCCCCAGCUGCAACUGCCAGACCUCCCAGGACGGGAACACCGUCUACUACAACCAGGGCAACUGGGACUGCAUGGUCACGCAGCACGUCGCGGCAAUCAAUGCUUCAUGAGUCCAGGUUAAGUCCAGAUUAGUUUGAGAUUGAACCUAGCCCUAGCACCACGAGCGUUUGACCGUGAGUUGAUGACAUUGUUAAGUGUUACAUGGAUGGACUUUGAGUCUCACGUGGAUAAACUUCGUGGCUAUCCUUCACAGGCAUGCCAAUGCACGUAAUGGCAGCACUUAACUGAGACACGUGCUUGCGUAGGGAAGGAUGGCGUAGAACAGAUUCCGGAAGACCGCUGCAAGGUACUAUACGGCACCCCUCCGAUAGCUCGACACAAGGUGCAUAGAGUCA